AUGGUUCUGUUAGGAGAAAGAGCAGCAACUCGACGUGACUCACUUCACCAAGCUAUAGCUAGUGUUCAAGGAGCUAAAUUGCAAAUUGUUACAGGGCAGUCUUUUUAUCAACUGAUUUGGAUACCGAGCCGCAUCAAGUCUUGCAACAUGGAAGGAAGAUUCGAUGUUCUGUUCUUACUCUUUGGGGCGGUCACCAUCAUGGCAGAUGGAAGCUGUCAUACCAAUGACCGUUGGGAAUGCGGAUGGCUGGGAAUAAAUCAGGAGACGUGUGAGGCGCGAGGGUGCUGCUGGGAUAACAGUGAUCCGAACAAGAAGUGGUGCUAUGUCAAACCUGGCACACAUCUCCCAGAUGGACUCUGCCCCGUUGCUCCUUCUGAGCGCCAGGAAUGUGGUUGGUAUGGCAUUAAGGAGGAGGAAUGUCUGGAAAAGUCUUGUUGUUGGGAUCCUACUGUCCCUGACGCAAAGUGGUGCUUUAAUCAGCCAGACGAACCACCAAUGAGUUGCUACCUUGGAUAUGGCUUGUCUGGAACCUGCAAAUAUGUUUGCGACCCAGGAGAAGAUCAUAUGUACGGUAUGUCAGACUGCGAGGGACGCAUCUGCUGUUACCAUGGCUUCGGAAAAUGAUCUCAUGUCAUGGGUACAAAGAAGUGAACUACACUGAGAUGCUUAUACUUUGACUGAAGAUCUUCAACAAGGGAUCCAUUCCUUGAGAUCCUAAAAUUGCUUUUAGUAUGUACUAGUAUUGUAUUAUGGGACGUAUCAAGGCAACAUGCUGUAAAAGAAUGGAAAUAAAAUGGGAUACAACGGAGAAAUUCA